UAGUUUCCGCUACAAUGAAAACAUCAACAGUUCGAUCAAUACCGCAUCGAGUGAAUUAGAGAAAUAUUUAGACUCACAAUAAAUAGUCAGCAAAUGCGUUAUGAUCUUUGCUCUGCUCGGUAGCAGUCCGUCUGCUCUUCCGUCCAUGCAUGCCUCCACAACAAGUAAACAUCUAGAAAUCUUUAAAUUCGUAUAAAUGCUAGGUGGACCACUUAAAUUGUAUAUUUAAAAAAAAUAAACAAGACAAUAGAAUAGAUCAGUUGCAUGACAGGGUGACGCACUACGCAUCCACGGAAACGUCUAGUGCUGUAGUGGGAAUCCAUCGUGACAGGCUAACAGCGGACUGUAAACAUGGCGGCGUGCACGGCUGCAGGGCUGUGCUGUACAUCCCGUUAUUAACAGAUUUUGAGAUACCGAAACACCGAAAUCAUGGAGACCGAAGAGGAACAACAUAUGACAACUCUCCUCUGCAUGGGCUUUCCAGACCCUGUUGCGAUACGGAAGGCGCUCCGCUUGGCAAAGAACGAUAUCAACGAAGCAGUAGCACUUCUAACAAAUGAAAGCCCCGGACUUGGGUACGGAUAUGAGCCGAUGGAAAGCGGGCCUGCCCCGGGACCCGGCUCCAGUGGUGAUGGGGAGACCAGCGGGCGGACUGGCACUGGAGGGUUUGACCCGCCGCCUGCUUACCACGAUGUAGUGGAUAGCGAGAGGAGCAAUGACGAGAAUGGGAACUGCUCCGGAAGCAGCAUGGAGUUCCCCACCACUAACCUCUAUGAGCUGGAGAGCAGAGUGUUCACCGAUCACUGGUCCAUCCCCUACAAGAGGGAGGAGUCGCUGGGAAAGUGCCUCGUCGCAUCCACCUGCCUCGCCAAACUUGGUCUGGCCGACGCCGACGAGAACUGCAAGCGCUUCAUGGACCGCUGCAUGCACGAGGCCUUCAAAAAGCUGCUGACCAGCAGCGCGGUCCAUAAGUGGGGCACAGAGAUCCAUGAGGGGAUCUAUAACAUGUUAAUGCUGCUGGUGGAGCUGGUGGCCGAGAGGGUCAAACAGGACCCCAUACCUGUAGGCCUCAUGGGGGUCCUGACCAUGGCCUUCAACCCGGACAACGAGUACCACUUCAAGAACCGGAUGAAGGCUUGCCAGAGAAACUGGGCCGAGGUGUUUGGAGAGGAGAACGUGUUUGCCAUCUCCCCGAGCAACGCCUAUCAAAAGGAACCUCACGGCUGGUUGGUAGACCUGGUGAACCGGUUUGGGGAGAUGGGAGGAUUCACUGCCAUCCAGACCAAGCUCAACACAGAGGAGAUUGAGAUUGGGUGCUUCGGAGGGGAGUACCGACCCAAAGUCUACGACCAGUCCAACCCCUACCCAGACGUGCGGAGGCGCUACUGGAACGCCUACAUGCUGUUCUACCAGAGGAUCAGUGACCAGAACUCUCCGGUGCUGCCCAAGAAGAGCCGUGUCAGCGUCAUGAGACAGGAGGCCGAAGACCUCACCCUGUGA